AACAUGGCGAAAUUUGGUGACACUCCCUCGUUCAUUUCCGCAUUUGGAGCGUGAAUCUAAAUGCUGUUUUCGACAUAAAAACAAAAGGAAAUAACAAAAUUGGCAUCAUCGGAUUAUCUUUGUUUAUCUGAGUUUGUGACUGAGCUGAGUAAAAUGGAAAUCAACAUUCCAAAGGAUGUGUUGGAGGCGGUCAACAACGUUCUCGACAAUCGCAUCAAGUAUCCUAUCAAGCGGUUGGUGCGCAUGGACACCAAGCAGGAUAAGAUUGAGCACAAAGUUGCGGUUUUUUCCAACAGCCGCAUAUUUAUCCUGGCUGCCAGGUCACCAUCCAAGGUCGAGCAGAGUGUCCAUUUCUUCAGUAUCCGGGGAUUAGAAAGCAAGAAACCAAAUCAGCUUGUGAUCUCCUUGGAUGAUGAUGGCAGGUCAAACGAAACGAAGAAUCUUUAUUUCCGCACGAUGGAAGGAGAAACAGACGAGGUCAACACCAUGGUAGCCCACGUCGCUGUCUCCCUCAAACAAGUCUUCCCGGGAGUAGCCAUAGAGAGAUUAAUCAAGACGAUAGAUGUUGCCCCUGCCAGCCGACUUGAUGCUAUGUACACCUCCUUGAAGGAGCUUGAGUUGAAGGAUAUCGGACCAUGUGGGGGCUUCACUUCCAUGUAUAACUUCAUGUGUGACUACCAUAGCCUCAUGCAACGAGAGGAGGUCACAUGGGAUGUUGAUACCAUCUACCUCUCCAAUGGGACCAAGGAGCUUUCACUUGGUGACUUUGACCACUUAGACAAUAAGGACUUGACGCCGAUAAUCUCCUCCCUGCGACACAAUCCGUGGUUCACCGUCAUAAACUCAAGUGGCACCAAGUUGAUCACAGACAAUAUGAACGAGUUGAUAAAAGUCAUGAAGAAGAAUAAGGUGAUAGAGGAGUUGCAUCUUGCCAGUGUUGGCGUCAAAUUUGAAUUUGCCAACCGAUUGUCCACAGCCUUGCUAUCAAACUCAGGUAGUCCUCUCCACACGCUGGAUAUCUCAGGCAAUCAAAUUGAAGACAGAGGUAUCAUUCACCUUGCCAGUCCCCUCGGAAAACUCAGUAAAGGAAUCGUGAAACUAAACCUCGCCCGAUGCAACCUCACCCCCAAGGGUAUCAAUCGACUCGCCGAGAGCCUUGGCUCGAACAAGUUCACAUCGAGUACGCUAACGACACUCUGUCUAGCUGGAAACUCACUGAGGGGCGAUGAUAUAACUAGUUUCUGUAACUUCCUUGCUCAACCUAAUGCCAUUGUCAACUUAGACCUAUCAGAUACGGAAUGUGCUCUAGAUAUUCUAUGCGGUGCUUUGAUACGCGGAUGUACACAGAGUUUGAGUGAUGUCAAUCUCUCUGGUAACGUCUUCACAAACAAGAAGGUCAAGGACAUCUGCGUGCCGCCAUCUUGGAAACAAUUCUUUGCAGCUGCCAUGUCACUCGAAAAAGUCAAUCUGUCCAACUGUAAACUACCUGCUGAGGCAUUGAAAGCCCUAAUCACCGGCAUUGGUACCAACAGGAAUAUACAAGAGUUGGACUUGGACAUCAGCAGUAACGAGUUCAGGUCAGCCGGGGCGCACAUCAUUCAGGGCAACAUUGCGGAGAUAACGAAUAUUGCAUCGCUAGAUAUUAGUGACAACGGCUUUGAUGUUGAGCUGAUUGGGAUAGUGAGCUGGAUAUCAAAAAAUAAAUCCAUCAAGAAGCUGUCCAUAGGAAAGAAUUUCUCUAAUAUUCGAGCGAGGAGUUCUGUUCAAGCCCAGGCAAAAAAAGUGAUAAAACGAGAGGAGAUCUUGUUGAACAGACAACACGUGUCUCAGGUGCUAGAAAGUGUGGUGCAAAUGAUUCAAGAGGAUGACUCGCCAAUUCAAACGCUGUCAUUAGCUGGUUCUAAGCUGAAGAACGAUAUUGCCCUCCUCAUCAAUGCCAUGGGAAGUAACACGAGCCUCACCAAGAUUGAUAUAAGCGGAAACAACAUGGGCGACUACGGUGCGAGGAUGUUAGCCAAGGCGCUCCAGAUCAACACUAAACUGCAGACCAUAUACUGGGAUCAGAACAACACCACUGCCCAGGGCUUCCAUGAUGUUGCAAAUGCACUUAAAAAUAACUACACAUUGAAGUACAUGCCCACUCCAGUCUGUGACGCUUCCAAGUGCACCAAUGAACGGGCACAGGCGGCUUUAGAAAAGAUUGAGUCCUUGCUGCACAGAAACCACAGCCCAAGGAAAUUCAACAGUGAUAAGUCUUUUAGACUACAACAUGGCUUCCUCAUCAGCUCAAGCCUACAGAUGGUUGAUCGCUUGGUGCUACAGAUCCAGGAGACUAUCGCCGCACUCAGCAAGGAUCCGAACACGCAGACGGCUGCCAAGGUGGAGAGGGCAAAACAGAUCAUAAAAGAUGCAGAGAAUUCAAAACAUUUACUGCUGAAGCUACAAGAAGUUGCACUCUUGUCUGAGGAGAAGGGCAGCAUGCUGGACACGACACUCGCAACCAUGACAGAUGAUCUCAAGAAAGUUUUAGAAGACCAACUGGAGCGAAAUCUAACAGACAUGUUGAAAUCCGCUGAAGAACAAUGUCCAACUGUGAUGGAAGCUGAUGAAGAGUCGAAAGAAGAGAUCAUGAUGGCCUGCAACGAGAAGUCUGCCCUGCCCAAGAACUACGUGAAGGGCUUGAUUAUACACCAGGUUGGCACUGAUAUGUUCAAUAAAAUGAGUGAAAUCAACCUGAAUGUAGCGGCGUACAUGUCUGACCGAAUCACUGAUACGGUGCUAGAACAGCUGACGGCAUGCCAUAGGAGCUUAGUUGAUUGUUUGAAUUCGAUGAUCAGCAGUCAACCAGACGUCAAGGUGGACGAGUCUGAUAAUAAUGAGGAGAUUAUCAAAGACAAAGAUGCGGAGAUCACUGGCGAGGGAGAUCUUCUGCGCCUAGUUUUGAAAGCUUCUUCUUCGAAAUACAGCGAGAAGAGGAAAAGUUAUCUCAGCCGUCGCGUGCGGCCACAGUCGUUUGUAGAUCCUCAGUUUGGCGACACCGAUAACGACUCGCAUGCAGUCGAAAAACAUGUGCAUGAAGUGGUAAAGGAAGAUAAAGCUCGCAAGAAGCCAAUAGUCAAGGUCAAGCAGCAUGAUGAAGCUGACGGAGAAAGAGCAGACGUCGUACUUGACUUGCCGGCCUUAUCUUCCCAUCAGCCAAGCCUCGGUGCUUCAACCGUAACAAAGGGUCGCCCACGGGCAACUCGGACAGUACGCCCGUCGACCCGACCUCCACGUCCGACCCCGAGUAACGAUGAAGACAGAGUGGAUGAAGGAAUGGACGCGUUCUUUGAAUCGACAAAAGUUGACAGGGAAUUCGUUCAGUUACCGAAUAAACCUGAGGAAGACAAACCGGAAAAAACAAAGUUUGAGGAAGUCAAACCAGCAAAAAAAACUGGAAAAACGAACUUUUUUCACAAAAGUAAAGAACCUAAAGAGGAGUUAUCGCCACCGGAAAAGACGGAAACGAAGGAGAAAAGCCCCGCCAAAGCUGGUGGUUUUAGCCUCGGCGGACUAAUUGGAAGGAAGAGGUCGAAUAAGGAGGUGACCAAGUCGGCCUCUCCAGCUAAAGAUGUCACAAAGAAGGAGGAAGCCGUGGCUGAAGUCAGUGAGAAGCCAGACGAAGAAGAGGCAAAAGAACCUGAACGGAAACCUGUGUCUGUUCCUAAGAUGGCCUUGCCAGGGAUGGGCAAGGGGCUGGGAGGUGGAAACCUCAUGGCUGAGAUGGCCAGGAAACGUGAAGAAAGGGAGAAGAGGGAAGCAAAGUUGGAAACUAGUGGUGCUAACAGUGGCAAUGGUAAAAAUAGCCAGGAAAUGAAGCCCAGACCUGUGGCAGCAUUACGUUCUAAGGAUAUGGCAGACGGGGAAAAACCUGUGCCAAAGCCACGGCCUAACAGCAAGAGGGUCUCAGAUGGGAUUGAUGGAAAACCAGCAAUUACAAAAGACAAACCCGCCCUUCUUCCACCAAAACCAGCCGCUAGGGCCAAGAAGCCCAGCCCCGCAAAGGAGAUCCCAGGUGAAAAGGUUGAAUUACGCCAGUCAUCCGAAGGAGGUGAGGAACCUAAACGCUUGUCAAUAAAGGAUCGCAUUGCCAAUCUAAGUAAAGCACCCGAGCAUGAAUCCCAUAACGAGCCCUCAGACUCAGUGCCGAAAUCACGCUCUCUUCCACGAGGGAUUCAACCAAACUUUGCAGCAAUGAUAGGAGAACGACCCCUAUCAAUGUAUGCCAAGCCUGCAGGGGACAGCUCCGUAAUCACCAAAAAAAGUCGGGACUCUGCAUCGCCAGAUGAAGAAUUAGACGGAGAUGAAGAAUUAGACCGAGAUGAGAAGGAGGAAAGGGUUUCGAGUACAGGUAGCCAUGACAGUGGGGAAGCUGAGAUGAAACAUGAAAUUGAUAUCCAGGUCAAGCAAGAGGUCACGGCUAUUGUCACUGAAAAAGAAAAUGUCAUGAAAGACUCUGAGGAUUCAGAGGAAGAUGACAUUGAAAAUAAUAACGAAAGGGCGGAAGAUAAGUUGAAACCUGAAGAAGAGAAACCCAGCGCUCCGACCCACAAGGUGGACUUAUUUGAUGAAAAUGAGGAUGAUGCCACUCCUGUGUGAUUGUAGACGCAGCAGAAUCGAAAAGUCAUCCUGGAGACUUGAUGAGGUUUUGAUAACCCACAUGUAUGAUGUGAUAAACAGUGAUAAUGUUAAAAAAAUAAGGUUUGGUCGUAUGUUACAGUGAUUCGGAGGCCAGGCUCUAAAUUGUUGGUUAUGGAGCCCCCUUCUCCCCAAUUCCUUGGGGUCAAAGUCAUUUUUCAAGCACAUGUGCUGCUGUAUGGUAGUGCUUUGACAACCAAAUUUUCAUAAUCUGCCAAAAUGAAAAUUGUAAUUUAUUGAUAUUUCUGAAGCAAUGUGCUUAUCAUUCUUGUUCAUAUCACUUGAGCAAAUGUUUCUAUUGUAAUUCUGUCUAUGCAUUCAUGAUAUGACUAACGACAAUUUUUGUACUCUCCGAAACUAUUGUUUAUAUUAACCUUGGGUGGUUCUUGCUGUACCGACAGAAAAUCCAUAAUUUGUGAAUUCCAAAUUUGCAUACUUCAGUGAACUGCUUCUACAAAACGACAUUUUCUCAGAUAAAUCUGGUUUAUUAUUCCAUGUUUUGAUAUGUUGAGGAAAAGCUCAUUACUAUUUGCCAUAUGAAUUCCGCUUUACACAUUUUCGAGGAGGCUCUUUGAUAACACUAUACUCUAUUGGGACCAACCUAUUAUUCCAAGGUAUGUUUUAAACCAGCAAAUUGCAGAUGUUAAAAAGUUGGAAAGAUCAAUAUUUAGCUAAAUCAUGUAAACGAUCUUUCAUUUUGGACAAGUUUUGUAUUGUGCAUGUAGUUUGCUUCUCCAAACCUGAAAGCUAAAGACAAUAGUAGGUUGUCGACCAAAUCCAAAAAGCUGUAUUUAAGUGCAAUGGUUGAUAUACUUUACUCAAUUAAGCAUAAGCAUAGAGUAUAGCAUCAGUGAAGUACUCCAAAUCUCCUCUAUAAGACCAACUGCAUGAAACCUUAGAAAUAGGCAUCUUUAAUGGUAUGUAGCCUUUGAUUUCUGAAAGUUUCAUGAACUGUAUUUGUACUUGAUCAAUUCUUACUGCUUUCAAUACUUAUUUUAUUAGUGCUUUUUAGCUCACCUCUUAGCAGAGGUGAGCUUAUCCCAUACCGUGGCGUCCGUCGUCCGUCGUCGUCGUCGUCGUCGUCGUCGUCGUCGUCGUCGUCCGUCGUCCGUUAGCAGGGCACGUUUCGUAACUGUUAGAGCUAUUGAGUUGAAACUUGGUACACAUGUACCCUUAUGUAAUGACACCUUGGAGACCAAGUUUCGGUCUGAUUCGUUUCAUGGUUUGGCCACCAGGGGGCCAAACGUUAAAAGUGAAAAUAUGCAAUAUCUCCCUUAAUAGUAGUCGGGAAAUUUUGAAAAAAAUAUGGUAGGUACUUCUAGCAAAGGUGCAUCAUAUAUCCUCCGGGUUUUUGAUUUGCCCUCCUUUUCAAGGUCACAGAGGUCAAAUGGUGUAAAUUGGCCGUUAGGAUGUAACGAUGGCACGUUUCUAAACUGCAAUGACUAUUGAUACCAAAUUUGGUACACAUUUACCCCUUAGUCAGGUGAUCUCAGGGACCGAAGUUUGGUCCAAUAUGAUUCACCACUUGACCACCAGGGGGCAAAAUCCAAAAACCUUAAAAAUGUGAUUAUUCCUUAACUUCUUGCCCGAUUGCCACCAAUUUGAUAUCAUGGGUACAUCUAACCACCAUACAGUAUAUGUCACACAGGUUUUUAAUUUGACCUUCUUGUCAAGGUCACAGAGGUCGAAUGGCGUAAAUUCGCCGUCGGGCCGUAACUAUGGCACGUUUCUUAACUGCAAUGACUAUUGAUCACAAAUUAAGUACACAUGUACCCCUUGGUCAGGUGAUCUCAGGUACCGAAGUUUGGUGCGAUCUGAUUUGCCGUUUGGCCUCCAGGGAGGGGGCCAAAUCCUAAAUUCUUCAAAAUGCCAUUAUUCCUAGUAAUGACUUGCCCGAUUGGCACCAAUUUUAUAUCAUAGGUACAUCUAAUUCUAACAACCAUUCAAUGUGUCACCCGGGUCUUCUUUGAUUUGACCUACUUUUCAAGGUCACAGAGGUCGAAUGUACUGUAAAUUGGCCAUUUUGGGGAAAUUGUAAUUGCUUGGACCUACAUCAAACCUAACACUACAUGACACAAUACCAUGCUCUUUAUCCAUCUUUCCUUCACAUGAGGUGAGCACAAUGGCCCUGGCCAUUUCAUUAAGACUUGGACAGUUGAUCCUAUAGAGAGGAUCUUAGAGUAAUGUCAUGCUAUUUGAAAAUAUGAAUAAUGGAUAAAUGCUUCGGAAAUUUCUAUGAUAUUUGUACAGCUAUAUACUAAAAGAGGGAGUUCGACCAUAUUGUAUAUUGGACAUGAACAUGUUCUGAAGACUUCUACAUAAAGUGUAUAUAGUAUUAUUAAAGGGGAAUAUUUUCAGUAUAUUACUUAUUUACUAAUUGUACAUGUAGUCUUAUACAUGAAACAUAAGAAGCCACGGUGGUGUAGUGGCUUGGAUAUCUGACUAGCUGUCAAGAUGUCCAUGGUUCGAUCAGGGAGGGGGGCCAUCAGCUGCUGAAUGGUAAAGUUAUUACUUGCCAUGAUAUUUUGAGAAGGGUAGGUAAUUCGGAUGUGGUGGGCAAUUGAAUGGCUGUAAAAGUUAUGGAUGUCCUAUCAUGGGAACGAUGUGCUGACCUGUGUCAGGAAUGCUGCAUGGAGAAGAUCAUUGUAUGGUUAAGUGCAUACAGAGGACAAGGGCUAGUAGCAGACACUUCAGGACGAAUCGAUACAAAAAUCGAAUACAAAAACUGAAUCAAAAUGGAUAAAGUGACUUUUCACCCACCGAAUUAUGAUUAUUAGUAAAUUGUUAUUGCUUUCAAAGAUUAUUGUUACAGGCUCUUUGAAUUUGUUGAGAAAUUUUGUAAGUUAUUAUGUGCAGAUUGUGUUAGAUUUUGCAAAGGUUACACACUGUGAGGACGCUAUUAAGCUGGUUUCAGUGUGUCUGUUUUACACAGGCCUAUUACAUGUAAUGUAGGCACCCUUCAACUGGCUUAAUAGCGUGUACACAGUAUUUAUAGCGGGAUGUACAUCAUGUAGAACUAUCAGGAGACUGCUUACUUACUUGAAUAGCCCCUUUAUUAUUGUAAAUUUGUAAAGUUUCUGGGACAAUAUAUGAAUUGUUAUCAAAUCAUCAGGUUGCACCUGUAAGCUAGCUGAUUAACAAGAGAUGUAGAAAAUUGUAACAAAAAAGUUAUGUUAUGUCAAUGUUUUGGCCCCCUUGCUCCUACCUAUAACCCCCCCCCCCCCCUUCAGGUUAAAGCCAAAUGUCUCUGAUGAAACACAGAGGCCUAUGCUUUGCUUAAGUUUAAAAAAAUGCAUCAAAAUUAUGAGUAGUGAUUGACUGAUGGUCAGAUUUAAGUUUUUAAUGAUAUUGACCCUAAUGGAGAAAGCUGUUCAUCUAUUUUUACCAUAAUUGCUUGUAUUGCUGAGUAAAUUAUGUCUACAUGAAAAUGUAUGAAUAUAUAUAUUCUAUAUCAGGUUAAAAUGAAACAAAAUAAAUAUUGCAA